AUGAUUUCAACAGAAGAACCGAGCUUGAGUUAUGCCCAUGGCGCUUCUACCGUUCCCUUAAUCUACGAUACUAUCGGCGAACGGCUAAGAAAGGCUGCCAGAGAGGUAACAAUUACAUUUUAGUUCUCUCCACAUACUUUUUGACCAAUUUGUAUAAGUUGGCCUUCCGGUUACUUAACACACCUAAUUCUCUACCUCAAUAUAUACAUACGUCCACUUAUUUCUGUGAUUCAAACAUAAUGGUUUAUUAUUGUCUAUACCUAUGUUAAUAUAAUUGCAGCACCCAGACAGAGAGUUCGUGAUCUUCAAGAAGGAAGGCAUUCGCAAGACCUACAAACAAGUACUCGAUGACGUAAGUUACUGUUACUUUUGGAGUAAAAAGUAGCGCUACACUCUUAUCUCCGCGAAAGUCUGCUAAUAACUGGUCUGUCAAUCUAAUAAUUGUUGACAACUUUCGUCACUACCCCAAAUUAAAGUUCAAACUGUUGUGACCACGUAAGGUAUUAUAGUCAACAGUUUGCAUAAACUACAAUAAUAUUAUCAUAAAGUCAAUAAGGGCUGAUAAAAUACUGUUUUAGUUUAAAACAUGGCUGAUAUAGACAUUUUUACUUACACUAAACUUUAAAAUGUACCCCUUACAGCUAAACACACGUUACAGUAAGACCGUUUCAGUGUGAAAAGUUGGCCCUUGGGCUGAUUCAUUUGGGACUGGAGAAGGACGACCGCGUCGGCAUCUGGUCCCCGAAUCACUACGAAUGGAUUGUCACUCAGUUCGGCGCGGCGUUGGCUGGCCUGAUCCUAGUCAACGUGAACCCCAUGUAUCAUUCAGAAGACCUGGCCUACGCCAUCGACAUGGUCGGCAUCAAAGCGCUGAUCGCACCACCCAGCUUCAAACGGUCCCAGUACUACAAGACUCUGUGCGAACUCAUCCCUCAACUGGUCGAGAUGCCUGAGGGCAGGAGCGGACUUCAGUCAAACGAGUUCCCCAAACUAAAGCACAUCAUCAUCUUUGAUUCAGAAGGCAAAAACCACAGGUAAAAAGCUUAUCGUGAAUAACAUUUCACUUUAUGAUUUGAUCAAAAAUAUCAAAAAAUUAAUAAAUGAACACCUACAAUAUAAUAGUAAUUAAUGUAUGCUUCAGAGGAGCCUGGAACUUCAAAGAUGUUCAGAAACUAGGCACAGACGACGAUGUCCGACGUCUAGCUCUUCGUGAUGUUCAGCCAGAUGAUCCAGCCAACAUUCAAUAUACUAGUGUAAGUCAAUAGCAUGUAAAAACAGUGUUCUACGCACUUUUAGACCAACAAGUGUAUAUACUCCAAACAACUCUUUCAAAAAAUAAUUUCCAAUUUAGGGUACCACCGGAAACCCGAAAGGAGCCACCUUGACCCACCACAACAUCAUGAACAAUGCUUACCUUGUAGGUCGUCGUGCUGGCUACGGCGAUGCCCGUACCAUUAUCUGUAUCCCCAACCCCCUGUACCACUGCUUCGGCUGUGUGAUGGGAUCUUUGACUGCUCUGAUGUUCAACCAAACCUGUGUCUUUCCGGCUCCAUCGUUCGAAUCUGGAGCUGCUCUGCACGCUCUUCAUGAAGAACGAUGCACAGCGUGCUACGGUACGCCCACAAUGUACAUUGACAUGUUGAACCAUCCUGACUACCCAAAGUUGGACUUGACAUCAAUUAGGUCUGGUAUCGUGGCUGGAGCUCCUUGUCCUGAAGCACUAUGCAAAAGACUAGUUAACGAAUUGGGAAUGACUGGAUUGCAGGUAGGCACAUCUACUGUGAUUUUUAUUGAUAAGUAAUAUUCUGAAUCCACAAUAGUCAACUUUUACAUACCUUUAUUUAACACAAUGUCGUAGGUAUGCUACGGAACCACAGAAACCUCCCCAGUAUCCUUCAUGAGCAUCGUAGAAGACGAACCUCUCGAUCGUAUCAAGAACGUUGGUCACAUCAUGGACCAUCUGGAAGCCGUUAUCUGUGACGAACACGGCUCUUGUGUUCCACGAGGAGAGCGUGGUGAACUUCUUGUUCGAGGUCACAGCGUGAUGCGAGGCUACUGGCAAGACCCUGAACAGACUCGUCUCAGUAUCACACCUGACAGAUGGUACCAUUCUGGAGAUAUUGGCAUCAUGCAUCAGAACGGCACGGUGUCAAUCGUGGGAAGAUCCAAGGAUAUGAUUGUCAGAGGUGGAGAGAACGUUUAUCCAACAGAAAUCGAACAGUUCCUGAUGAGGCAUCCCCAUGUUGACGAGGUUCAUGUCGUUGGAGUACCAGACGAUCGCUUCGGAGAAGCUGUUUGUGCUUGGGUGAGGAUAAAGAGAGAAUACGCACAUCUGAACGUGAACAGUGAUCACAUCAAAGAUUUCAUGAAAGGAAAGGUAAGACUUGUUCAAUAGGCUAAAUCUGUUGCAACCAAGGCACUACUUUUCAUAUUACAGUAGAUAACAAAAUCAAAUUCCAGAUCGCUCACUACAAAAUCCCCAAGUACAUCUUGUUCAAGGAGAAGAACGAGUUCCCGAUGACCGUGACUGGCAAGAUUAAGAAGUACGAGAUGCGAGAACAGUCUACCUGGGAGCUGGAGCUGAUGGGGGUUCAGUCGCACUUCAACAAACUUGGGCAAUAA